AAAAUCGAGUGGAGAUUGAUUCAGUAGAACAAAAGCUUUCCACGUUUACAGACGUCUCCAGCUAGAAUACAUAGAAAUGGGCAAAUUGGUGUUAUACGGCUUAGAACCCAGUCCUCCUGUGCGUGCCUGCAAGAUGACACUGCAUGCCCUUGGACUACAAUACGAGUACAAGCUAGUCAAUCUGUUGGCUGGCGAGCAGCGCACCAAGGAGUUCACUCUAAAGAAUCCACAGCACACGGUACCAAUGCUGGAGGACGAUGGCAAAUGCAUUUGGGACUCUCAUGCCAUUAUGGCGUACCUGGUACGCAAAUAUGGCAAGGAUGAUGCACUGUAUCCCAAGGAUUUCUACAAGCGUGCUGUGGUGGAUCAGCGACUGCACUUCGAAUCGGGCGUUGUAUUUCAAGGUUGCAUAAGAAAUAUUUCUGUGCCGCUCUUCUUUCACAAUGAGACUGAGGUGCCGCGUCGUAUGAUCGAUGGCAUCUACGAAAUGUACGAUUUCGUCGAGGCGUUUCUGGCUAAUCAAAACUAUUUGUGCGGUUCUACGUUGACCUUGGCUGACUUUAGUUGCAUCUCAUCGGUGGCCAGUUUAUUGGGCCUGGCACCCAUCGAAUCGAAACGUUAUCCAAAACUUAGCGCCUGGAUAGCGCGCAUGGAACAGCUGCCUGAUUAUCAGUCAAUCAAUGGGAAUGGCGCACAAAUGUUAAUUGAUAUGUUUACCGCUAAGAUCACAAAGAUCGUUUAGAGAGAGAUUUGAAAUGAAUGUAUAUAAAAUCAGUGACAUAAUAGAAAAAU